AUGCAUCUGUACAUAUCUGUGCUCGCUUGGUUAGCCUGGGGACCGCUAGCUAUACUAGCCAUAACCAUCCAUGAUUUCUCACCUGAUCAAAGGAUUAGAGCGAGUGGUUGCCGGCCUGAGGAUGCCCAUAUACGCAAAGAAUGGCGUGAACUGAGCCCAGAGGAAAGACUGCAGUUUACCGACGCUGUUCGGUGCCUGCAGAGCAUUCCAACCACCCUGUCAGACGAUCUUCGCCAGACUUAUCCUGGGGUGAAGACACGUUAUGACGAAUUUCUGGCCACACACAUCAAUCUAACAAGUGUUAUCCAUAUGACUGCGGAUUUCCUUGCCUGGCAUCGCUACUUUAUCCACACGUUCGAACAAGAUCUCAAAUCAAAAUGCCAGUAUACCGGAUCCCUCCCUUACUGGGAGUGGGGCUUGGACGCGGAGGAUCCUCAACUGUCCGUUCUGUUCAAUGGCGACGCAUACAGCAUGGGAUCGAACGGGGAAUUUAUCCCGAACAGGGAACCGCCAUACUGGCCCUCAAUCCAUGAGUACCUCCCCGUCGGCACUGGCGGAGGAUGUGUUUAUGCGGGUCCCUUUUCGAACUACACCAUCAACAUGGGCCCUAUUGAUGGCGCGGGCCAAACGCCAGUGAACUACCGCUUCGAGCAUCAUCCACACUGCCUCAAACGAGAUAUCAACCCAACUGUUACACGAUCUUCCGUGACCUUUCGUCACAUCACGGAGCUGAUUCUUUCAUACGACACCAUUGAGUGGUUCCAGGCCGUGAUGCAGAAAGAUCCACGGUUUCCUAUGCCAUCUGUGCCAUAUGGCGUUCAUCGCGGCGGUCACGUCGGGGUUGGUAUGGUCAUGGGCGACGCAGCUGGUAGUCCCGGAGAUCCAAUGUUUUAUCUGCAUCAUGCACAGAUCGAUCGAGUGUGGACCAUCUGGCAAGGGUUGGACCCGGACAGGAGAAGACAUGCCAUCUGGGGCACGCACACGAUUGUAGACACUCCCCCAUCGGCGAAUAUGACCUUGGACGAGAUGAUUGAUUUUGGAUUUGCGGCCGAGCCGGUGAAAUUCCGGGAUUUGAUGGAUACGCUGGAUGGGCCAUUUUGUUAUUAUUAUAGUUGA